AUGGAGUUUUCUGGAUCCAGACAGACUCCUCCGUGUUCAGGGCCCAGGUCUGAAAGGGCAGCGUUCCAGGUGAAAGACCGCUCUGUCCCCCUCCACACCACCCAGGCCAGGUGGGCUACAGGGGGAAAGGAUAAGCUAGUUUUCCUUGAUAAGCUAGUUUUCCAAGCAGACCCCGUGGAUGUCCUGAAAGUCUUGCAGCUGCAGAACCAGCCGGAAGGGGUGCGCAGGACGACCGGCUACUGUCCCAAGAGGAGGUCGGGAUCGGGGCCAGAUGUGGCCUACAGGAUAUCAAGGCAGGCCCAGAUCAGCGCCCCCACGAGGCAACUCUUCCCAGGUAAAUUCCCCGAGGAUUUCUCCAUCAUGGCGCUGGUGAAGCCCAAGUCUGGCCUGCAGGCCUUCCUGCUCUCCGUCUACAACCAACACGGCACCCAGCAGCUGGGCGUGGAGCUCGGCCGCUCGCCCGUCUUCCUCUAUGAGGACCACACCGGCCGCCCAGCCCCCGAGGACUACCCCAUCUUCCGUGGCGUCAACCUGGCCGAUGGCAAGUGGCAUCGAGUGGCCCUGAGCGUGAGCAAGAAGCAGGUGACCCUCUUUCUGGACUGCAAGAAGAAGAUGUGCAGCUGCCCGGCCUCCGGCAGCCAGCCGGUCAUCGACACCCGCGGCAUCACCGUCUUCGGCACCCGCCUCCUAGACGAGGAGGUCUUCGAGGGUGACAUCCAGCAGCUGCUGAUCUCCUCCAGCCCCCAAGCUGCCUACGACUACUGCGACCACUACAGCCCCGAUUGCGACAGGGCGCCCCACAAGCCCCAAGCCCAAGAGGCCCAGCAGAGGCCCAGCAGACCUCAGCACCCUGCGGAGGACGUGGAGGAUUAUUACGGGUAUGCCUUCUUUUAUGGGCCUAGACAAGGUGGGACGGAUUCUCCCCUGCUGCCUCCGGGGGGAGCCAGUGAGCAGGAUGUGGGUCCGCUCCCCACAGAGGAGCCCUGGGGGGCUCACGAGUACCACGAGUACACCCCCCCACCCGGCGCUGAGGGCAACUAUUGGGACGAGAGCCCCCCGGGGGAGGCGCCCCCUCCUGCAUCCCCAUCGCCACAGGUAGAGGAGGACGUUCCUGGGCCCCGUCCUGCCCAGGAGGACGUGUUCGCACAAGAGGAGGUGCCCGGAGUGGAUCCGGAGUAUGAAUAUGGUCGGGCUAAUCAUGGCCAGGGGGCUGAGCCGUCCGAGCUGGGCCCGGUGCUCUCAGCCGAGACCCCACCCAGUGGAGGCGCAGUGCGAGGAGCCCGUGGCUACAAGGGAGAGAAGGGAGAGCCGGCGGUCCUUGAACCGGGAAUGUUGGUCGAAGGUCCCCCUGGCCCCGAAGGACCCCCGGGUAUCAGUGGGCCGUCGGGCACCCAGGGCCCACCCGGACCUCCUGGCGACUCGGGCGAGCGGGGGCCCCCCGGACGUCCCGGUCUCCCUGGCUCAGACGGCGUCCCCGGACCCCCCGGCACCUCCAUGAUGCUUCCGUUCCGCUUCGGCAGUAGCGGGGGGGACAAAGGCCCAGUGGUGUCUGCACAGGAAGCCCAAGCUCAGGCGAUGCUGCAGCAGGCCCGGCUGGCCUUGCGUGGCCCCGCAGGACCGAUGGGAUAUACUGGCCGUACUGGGGCCUUGGGGCAACCUGGGAGCCCUGGCAUAAAGGGGGAGCCUGGAGACUUUGGCCCCCAGGGACCACGGGGAGGCCCGGGGCUGACUGGCCCGCCGGGGAAAGCAGGCCGCCGGGGUCGUGCUGGAGCUGACGGGGCCCGGGGCAUGCCAGGAGAAUCAGGAGUCAAGGGUGACCGCGGCUUCGAUGGACUCCCAGGACUGCCAGGGGAAAAGGGACACCGGGGUGAAACCGGCUCUCAAGGCCUCCACGGCCCCCACGGCGAAGAUGGUGAGAGGGGAGACGAUGGAGACGUGGGGCCACGUGGGCUUCCUGGAGAACCGGGACCCCGAGGUUUGCUCGGCCCCAAAGGGCCCCCAGGACUCGCAGGCCCUCCGGGUGUGCGUGGCAUGGAUGGGCCUCACGGGCCAAAGGGGAACUUCGGACCACAAGGAGAGCCAGGCCCCCCCGGUCAGCAGGGGACCCCAGGGACUCAGGGAUUGUCGGGGCCUCAAGGGGCCAUGGGUCCUCCGGGGGAAAAGGGCCCCAGAGGGAAGCCUGGCCUGCCGGGGAUGCCCGGCUUGGAUGGGCCUCCGGGCCACCCUGGGAAAGAGGGUCACUCUGGAACCAAAGGAAACCAGGGAGUGGACGGCAUCCGUGGCUUGAAGGGGCACAAAGGAGAGAAGGGAGAAGAAGGAUUUCCUGGCUUCAAGGGGGACCUGGGGGUGAAAGGGGACCCGGGAGAAGUCGGGGUCCCGGGGUCCCGAGGUGACGACGGCCAAGAAGGUCCCAAAGGUCGGACGGGCCCCCCUGGAGAUGUGGGCCCCCUCGGGCUUUCCGGGGAAAAGGGGAAGCUGGGAGUUCCCGGCCUGCCAGGCUACCCCGGGAGACAAGGACCCAAGGGUUCGCAAGGUUUCCCUGGAUUCCCCGGGACAAACGGCGAGAAAGGAGGACGGGGUCUCUCCGGGAAGCUCGGCCCCCGAGGCGAGCGAGGCCCCACGGGCCCAAGAGGUCAGCGCGGCCCACGAGGAGCCACGGGAAAACUCGGAGCAAAGGGCACCUCCGGCAGUGAAGGACCCUCCGGCCCUCCCGGGGAGCGGGGUGUGCCUGGACCACAAGGGCCAAACGGGUUCCCUGGACCAAAAGGACCCCCGGGCCCAUCUGGGAAGGACGGGCUGCCCGGCCACCCUGGACAGCGUGGAGAAGUUGGCUUCCAAGGCAAGACCGGCACCACCGGACCCCCAGGGGUGGUGGGACCUCAGGGAUCUGCGGGAGAAACGGGACAGAUGGGGGAGAGAGGGCACCCUGGCCCCCCCGGACCCCCCGGGGAACAAGGCCUGCCCGGGCCGUCUGGCAAAGAAGGCACCAAGGGGGACCCCGGCCCUCCUGGGGGGCUAGGAAAGGACGGCCCAGCGGGACUGCGAGGAUUUCCUGGAGAACGCGGCCUGCCCGGGACUCCCGGCGGGGGCGGUUUGAAAGGCAACGAGGGACCAGCCGGCCCCCCAGGACCAGCCGGGUCUCCGGGGGAGAGGGGGGGGCCUGGGUCGGGAGGCCCCAUUGGACCCCCAGGAAGGCCCGGGCCUCAAGGACCACCUGGCCCCGCGGGGGAGAAGGGCGUGCCCGGCGAGAAAGGCCCCCUUGGCCCCGCAGGCCGUGACGGAGUCCAGGGUCCCGUUGGCUUGCCUGGUCCGGCAGGACCCCCCGGGGGCCCAGGCGAAGAUGGCGAUAAGGGCGAAGUGGGCGAUUCGGGACAGAAGGGGGCCAAGGGCGGCAAAGGAGAGCACGGGCCACCUGGUCCGCCGGGUCCGUUGGGCGGCGUCGGGCAACCGGGAGCUGCAGGUGCUGACGGGGAGCCUGGAGCAAGAGGACUCCAAGGCCACUUCGGGCCCAAAGGGGACGAGGGGACGCGGGGCUUCAAUGGCCCCCCCGGGCCGAUCGGCUUGCAGGGCCUGCCAGGACCAUCUGGGGAGAAGGGCGAGACAGGAGACGGGGGGCCCAUGGGACCCCCCGGACCCCCCGGACCUCGGGGCCCAGCCGGACCCUCGGGAGCGGACGGUCCACAAGGUCCCCCCGGAGGUGUAGGAAACCUCGGCCCCCCAGGGCAGAAGGGGGAGCCGGGUGAGUCAGGGGGACCCGGAGUCACUGGAGAGCCAGGCGGAAAGGGCCCACGGGGUGAAAGAGGCGAGAAAGGAGAAGCGGGGGCUUCUGGCACACCCGGCCCCCCCGGCGGGAAAGGCCCAGUCGGGGAUGAUGGGCCCAAGGGGAAUCCCGGUCCAGUCGGUUUCCCGGGAGACCCCGGCCCCCCAGGUGGAAUGGGACCACGGGGCCAAGACGGAGCCAAGGGCGAGCGGGGAGAAGACGGAGAGCCUGGGGAGGCCGGAUCUCCGGGCCCCACUGGUGAGAAUGGUCCCCCCGGCCCUCCAGGGAAGAGGGGUCCAGCUGGCACUCCAGGCCCCGAAGGACGUCAGGGCGGGAAAGGGUCCAAGGGAGAAGUGGGUGCCGUGGGACCCCCUGGGAAGACGGGGCCCGUGGGGCCGCAGGGGACACCCGGGAAGCCCGGAACGGACGGCUUGAGGGGCAUCCCCGGAUCAGUGGGUGCACAAGGCAAACCAGGGGCCACGGGGCAGGCGGGCCCCCCAGGACCAGUGGGCCCCCCCGGCUUGCCUGGGCUAAGAGGCGACUCUGGACCCAAAGGAGAGAAGGGACAUCCUGGUCUCAUUGGCCUGAUCGGACCCCCAGGAGAACAAGGAGAGAAGGGGGACCGGGGCCUGCCUGGCCCCCAGGGCAGCAAGGGGCCCAAAGGAGAGUCUGGCAUCCCUGGCCCAACCGGCCCCCUCGGCCCCUCGGGGCUCCCUGGACUUCCUGGUCCAGCCGGCCCCCAAGGCCCCAAGGGAGCUACGGGUCAAGCAGGUCCCAAAGGUCAGCGUGGAACCCCUGGACCCCCCGGACACCCGGGGUCCCCCGGCGAAGUGAUCCAGCCGCUGCCCAUCCAGAGGCCCAAGAAGAACAAGCGGUCCGUGGACGGCAGCCGGGUCCUCCCGGAGGAAGAGAUGGCCGCCGACGCCGCCGGCCCCUCGCCCUCCGAGGGCAUGGAGGAGAUCUACGGCUCCCUCAACUCUCUGCGGAAGGAGAUCGAGGAGAUGAGGAAGCCGCUGGGCACGCAGGACAGCCCCGCCCGCACCUGCCAGGACCUGCAGCUCGGCCACCCGGAGCUGCCCGAUGGCGAAUAUUGGAUCGACCCAAACCAGGGCUGCUCACGGGACUCCUUCAAGGUCUACUGUAACUUCACUGCAGGGGGAGAGACGUGUGUUUUCCCCAGCCGGGCGACUCAGGAGGUUAAGAUGUCCAGGUGGGAGCAGGAGACCCCCCAAACCUGGUUCAGCCAGUUCCGGAAAGGCAGCAAGUUCUCCUACGUGGACGCCAACGGCAGCCCCCUGGGCGUGGUCCAGCUGACCUUCCUGCGGCUGCUCAGCACUUCAGCCCGCCAGAACUUCACCUACCACUGCCAGCACUCCUGCUCAAGUGACCCUGGCACAGCAGCGGCCUGCGGCCCCCCUCAGGGGCCUACCAGCACGCCCUCGCGCUUCCUGAAGAGGGAAGGACAUCAGCUUCACGACAAGCAGCCCCUACGCCGUCAAGAGGGUCCCUGGGUGCGGAAGGGAUCCGACAAGACUGUUCUGGAGGUGAACACGCCCCGUCUGGAACAGCUCCCCCUGCUGGACGUGCAGGUGACGGACUUUGGGGAGCCCAACCAGAGGUUUGGGUUUGAGGUGGGACCCGUCUGCUUCCUCGGCUAGAACUGAGUCCCUCGACCCACGGUGCUCCCCACCACACGCCCCUCACCCAGUUUCCAGUGGAACAGAGACCGUCUUCGCCCCCCCAGCCCCCCACAACCAGCAGUGACUGAAGAGGAUCCGUCCCAACUUCUUGCGCACAUCAGCAACAGAGACGGCUCCGUCCGACCCCACGCAAAAGGAAUUAUUCUUCCCGUUCCCUCUCCUCCCACUCCCACUCACUCACACUGUUACCAGGUCAGAGGUCAGGAGGACACGGCCCCCUCCCCCUCCUGGGAGAUCAUGUCCCCCCCACUCCAAACCCAGGGUGGCUCCCCAGGACCUCUUGGCUUUGCUGAACAGCUGCAAACCCCCCCUCCCCGCACCCUAUAGGCUACCCCACUGCUUCUCUGCCAAUGAACUCUUGGUCAUAAGACCUUGCGGGAGGGGGGUGUCUCUCUUGCAUUGCCUGAUCCAGGCUGUUGGGGCUGAACCCCUCCUUCCUUCAGGGGUCUAGCCCAGAUCGGCCCCUUCGAGAGCCACCGUGGGCCUUAUUAGGGCUCAGCCCACAGACGGCCCCACGGGACAUUCAGCUCCCCCCCCCCAACCCCACCACCCCCACCUACCCGGCUCUCGUGUGACUGUCGGCCUCCUCAAAGCCCCUCCGCCCCGACUUCACUCCACAUGUCGCCCAACACAAGAAAGGGAACUGUGUGUUUUGUUUUGUUUUUAUAAAAUUUAAAUUAAUUAUAUUAUUUAAAAGAGUGGGUGUAUAAAAGAAGACUAUUUUCAUCUCCUGCUGUGCGUUUCCGGUCUUUAAACAGAGAAAAGGAGGAAAAAGCCACCCAAUUUUGGUGCUCGGGAAAUUAAAAAUAAGUUUAUUGUCUCUUGGCUGCCUGCAAAUUCAAAGUUUAUUAUUAUUAUUAUUAUUACGGGUGCCCCGCCCCCCCCCUUUGGCUUUUUUGUUUUCUAAAAAGCAGCAGUGGGCGCCCCCUGGUGCUGGAAGCAGGCAUGCCAAGGCCCUGUAAUGUUUUGUAAAGUAAUUGUGGAAAUUGUAUUGUGUAAUAGAUCAUCUCUAAUUUU